AUGGACCCUUCUGAAAAAGAUUCGAACCCCGUUCCAAUGGAAGAAGAUGCAGGUAAAAAAAAAUUUUUUUAAUUUUUAAUGUAAAAAUUGGACUUCAGGUUAUUUAAAAUUAAAUAUAAUUUGCGGAAUAAACGACUUUUGAAAAGAAAAAAAAAAUGAAUUUUCAAUGGAUAGCCGACAAAAUUUAAUGAAAAAUUCAACUCUUUUUUUCAAUUUUUGAAGUUUUUUUGCGCUCCACUGAUGAUUUCUCAUAUAAAGGUUUUUUUCUCUCAAAAAAAUCUUUAAGAAAAAUUUUUUUACUUUUUUUCGAGUUCUUGUUCAUUUUUUUCAUUAAGAUAUCGAUUUCGAAAAAAAUGUUGAAGUUUCACAAUAUUUUUUUAUUUCCUGAAACUUUAAACUGUUCCAGGAGAUGAUCAAAUAACCUUCGAAGACAUUUCUUCGGACGAAGAAAUCGAAGAAAUUUUCGAGAGCAGUAAAAUCGAACAAAUCGAUAAAGCCAGUAUUCAUCCGCCCUCUUCGGUCAGUUCAGGGAUUUUUCUCCAAAAUUUGGAAAAUUCUGAUUUUAGUAUUGUUUGGUAAGUUCUAGAGAACAUUAUCAAAAAUUCAGAAUCGGAAAAUAAUUUUUUUUUGUAGAAUUAUGUCGCAUAAACUCGAAAAAAGUCAAUUUUCUCUGCGCUCUCUCAUUUUCACGUGCUAUUCUUAUGUUUUAUGACUCUCUAGGGAGGGAAAAGAGAGCGCAGACAGGUCAGACGGUUUUGAAAAUGAAAAAAAUUCAAGAAUCCUGUAAAAAAACCUAAAGAAGUCAUUUUUUUGUAGAAUUAUGUCGCAUAAACUCGAAAAAAACCGGUUUUCUCUAAUCUCUCUCAUUUUUACGUGCUAUUCUCAUGUUGUAUGACCUUCUAGUGGAGGGAAAAGAGAGCGCAGACCGGUCAGACUGUAAUAAGAAUGAAUGGAAAUCGAGAAAUCCUGUCAAACUCGGUAAAAAUAAAUCUCAAGAAGUCGUUUUUUUUAGAAUUCUCAUUGAUGAAUAGCCGAAAUCAGAGCUUCAAGUAGAUUUUUUUAAAAAAAUCAAAUUUUUUUGGUUUUUUUCAUAUUUCUUAAUAUCCAUCAAUUAUCUGUUUCAUUUCUACGAGAAAAAAAAUAAUCAAAUAAAAUUUUUCAGUGGAAAUAUGUGGCCGACUGGAGCACCAAGGACUUCAAAAUGAGCUCGAUUUUGGUAAAUUUCGAGAAAUAAGUAAAAAUAUCUUCAAAACGGUUUUCUGGAGUACUUUAGGACACCUUUACUCUGAAUAAAAAAAUCGAGAAAAAAAAAGUUCGGUUCAAAAAGUUAUUCACCUAUAAAUUUCUCUAAUAUGAGCAAUAAUGCGCAAAUAUGAGACGUGAUAUUUUUUAAAAUUGAAGAAGGUUAUUUUACACCUUGUGACGAACUUUAGUAGACUUUCGUUGAUUUUUUGGCGAGUUAUGAAGUUUCAAAGCUCCUUACCCUCAGAAGGGGGUCAUUUCACUUGGCGGUUGGGAUUUUUUUUUUGAAAAUUGGCCAGAACGCUCUUUAACGUAUUAGAAAGAGAUUCUAGAAGUCUCAACCUGUAAAACUUCCUCGUUUUUGAAUAAAGACGCUAAAGUCAAAGAAAACCCUCAAAAUCCGUUAAAAUGGGCUGUUUUGGGGCUUUAGACCCUUAUUUUUCGAGAACUGAGAAGUUGGGAAGGUUGGGAUUUUCAUGACCUUUUUCUGGUGCAUCAAGAAGUGUUCUGGCUAAUUUUCCGGAAAUCGCAAAGUGAAAUGACCUCCCCUGUUGGGAAGUUCUAUUUCUCUCAAUGUCGCGAAAUGAUCCUCUUUCUUAAAAUGUCGUUUUUUGCUCCCAUAGAAUGUUUAUUGUGUGGGUGGUUUUAAUAUCUUUUUGGGAAACGUGGAGUUUUUUCGCCCCAUAAAAGGGAAGGGGGAAACUUUUUUUUUUGACUUUCGUUGUCUCGAUUUUUGUACUGGAUAAAAUUGGCUUCUUCCUAGUUUGUCAACUGGUUCUUUGACAAACUAAGAAAAUUUAUCCAGUUCAAAAAUCGAGACAACGAAAGUCAAAAAAAAAAGUUUCCCCCUUCCCUUUUAUGGGGCGGAAAAACUCCACGUUUCCCAAAAAGAUACCAACCACCCACACAAUAAUUAUUCUAUGGGAGCAAAAAACGACAUUUUAGGAAAGAGCUUUCGCGACACUCAAAAAUAAAAAUAAAAUGGAUUUCCAGGACCUCGAAAUUCCCUGGGAUCGAUGGAUCCCACCUCGUUACUUCGAGCCCUCCAAAGAUGCCGAACUUUUUCGCGCCUGUGUCGAAUCGUUCCCAACGCCGGAAAGCAUCGGAGAAGCGUUGUUAGUGUGAAAAAAAUAUGAUUUUAUGUAGUCCAUUCACCGCGGAAUGACAUUGAGUCUCUGCGUCUCUCUGUUCCCUCACCGGCGAGGUCAGAGGAACAUGAAAAUAGCACGUAAGCGUGAGAGAGCUGUCGGAGAAAGAGAGAAGAAAAGCAAGCAGUCUAGAGAGCACGGUAAACUUGGAGAGACCAGACUCGUGCUCUCCUCGAUCUACACACUGUCUGGCCAACGCCCAGGUCUUUAGACAGUGUGUAGAAGGAGGAGAGUACUGGUCUGGUCUCUCCAAGUUCACCGUGCUCUCUAGACCUUUCUGACGAGAGAACAGAGACGCAGACACUCCAACUUUGCGCCCGACCAAAAGCUACUAGCGCCAGAAUGCAUUUCCUAGCCUAGGUAACAAGGUCGGGCGCAAACAGAGACCACUUUUGGAAGCUCCAGAUGCCCGUAUAGGGAGAUGGUGAAGUGGUCCCUAGAGGCGAACGUUCAAGGCCCCUAUAGGGACCAUUCUGGAGUUCUUUAGUUGCUUGAUCAUUUUUAAGGUCCUCUGAAAAAGAACUAGACUAGAAGUAAAAACUAUUCUCAAAAGGGCAAAAAAAAGAGAGAUUCAUGAGCGUAAGUUCCAGGGAAGACUUCAUCGUGACCAUCGAAACGCUGCUUCCAAAGCUACAAGAUUGUUUGGUUCUUCUCGCGCCGAGGGAAUCCCUUGAAAGUGAGUCCGUUUAGAAGAAAUGGAAGUUUUGUUUUGCUGAAUUUUCCUAAAUUGUCUAACAAGGUCGGUUUCUUUUUCAAUGACAAGAAUGACUCAUGGUGCAGCGGCUGUAGAGAGGCCGCUUUCAAUUUGCAACCGACUUGUUUGCGCGCAAAGGCAUAGCGGAUCAGGAGAACCAUCCGCAGAGCUUCAUUUUUUUGAAAAUAUUUAGUUUUUUUAUCACUAGAUCGGUUUUUUUGCGCUUUAAAUAUAAAAUUCAAGACAAAGCGGUUGAAAAAAAGGUUGUUUUUCAAUUUGCAACCGACUCAAAACGGUUUGCGAGCAAAGGCAUAGCGGAUCAUGAGAACCAUCCGCAAAGCUUCAUUUUUUUGAAAAUAUUUAGUUUUUUUCACUAAAUCGGUUUUUUUGCGCUUUGAAUAUAAAAAUUCAAGGCGAAGCGGUUGAAAAAAAGGUCGUUUUCACCUUGCGCCCGACUCAAAACGGUUGACGCCCAAAGGCAUAGAAAAACUUAAGAAGCAGCGGCAAACGUCCGUUUUUUGAAAAUAUUUAAUUUUCCCCACUAGGUCUUUUUUUUUGCAAUGAGAGAAUUGGCCAAACGCGAAGCGACGGUAAAGCGGCAAUUUUUAAAGUGCAACCGACUCGAAACGGUUUGCGCCCAAAGGUAUUAGGAAACGUUACAGCAAGAAAAACAUAUGGAGCUUGAUGCAGAUCAUAUGCCAGCCGCGACGCUCUGAGCCAUUCCAAAUGCGACCGAAAGUCUGAUUUCUCUGCUCUCUCUUCUCUCUUGGCGAUGAUGGCCUUCUCGGUGAGAGAGAAGAGAGCGCAGACAGGUCAGACUUUUUCAAAAUCGUGAUGAUUCGACUGUAUAACAUUCUUAAGAUCAAAGUCUUUAGGAAAAUGCGAAGAGGAGGAAAAUAUCGAAAAGUUCCGGGAUAUGUUGGAAGAUUUCGACGUCGUGGCGACCAUGCAGAUGUGGACCACGUCCUGUCUCAACGACUUCCCUGAAAAUCCCAAACUUUUCGAAAUCGGCAUCAAAAUCUUGGAUAUCAUCGCUCCCACCGAUUUUUCAGAGAAAUUUUUGGUUUGUUGAAAAAUAUUAGUUUAUUCACUGCGAUCUUGGGGCAGGAAAAAGGCUACUUUGAGCGUUUUUUGUUAAUUUUUGGACUAGGAUGGAAAACAGUGUUUCUUUGGUCAAUUUUAGAGUUAAAAAAAAAAAAAAAAGAGUUUUCUACUGAUAAAAUUCACUUGGAAGAUCAAAAGAAAAACCCUUUAAAAAUGGCAAAAAAAGUAAUGGCCUGGAGAGGACUCGAACCAGGGACCUCCUGAAUGUCAAAUUUCGGGUUUCUAAUAGCUUUUUGGCCAAUUUUCAAAGUUAAAAAGUGGAAAAAAGGUUUUCAUACGGAUAAAUUUCACUUGAAAGAUCAAAGGAGACAUUUAAAAAUUGGCAAAAAAGAAAUGACCUGGAGAGGACUCGAACCCGGGACCUUCUGAUCUUCAUAUUUUGGGUUUCUGGCAGCUUUUUAGUCAUUUUUCGAAGUUAAAAAGUGAAAAAAAGGAGUUUCACACUGUUAAAGUUCACUUGAAAGAUCAAAGGAAAUCUUUGAAAAAUGGCAAAAAAAGAACGACCUGGAGAGGACUCGAACCCGCGUCCCUCUGAUCUUCAUAUUUUGGGUUUCUGGCAGCUUUUUGGUCACUUUUACAACUAAAAAGUGAAAAAAUUAUCUUUCUACUGAUUAAUUUCACUUGAAAGAUUAGAGGAGAUAUUUAAAAAAAUGGCAAAAAAAGAAACGACCUGGAGGGGAGUCGAACCCGGGACCUUCUGGUCCUCAAAUUUUGGGGUUCUGACAGCUUUUUUUAGGUCAAUUUUUUUAUAGUUAAAAAAAUGAAAAUAAGUUUUUUUACUGAUAAAGCUCUCUUGAAAGAUCAGAGGAGAUUUUUAAAAAAUGGCAAAAAAAAAAAAUUAAAAAAUGGUUAAAAAAUGGCUGGGGACUCGAACCCGGGACCUUCUGAUCUUCAAAUUUGGCUUUCUAGCAUUAAUAUGACAUUAUUUUUAUAAGUUUUUCAUUACAAAAUAAUGUGAAUUCUCGCUGUUAGAGCUCCAAAAAAAAAAAAAAAGAUUUUUCAUAACUUUGUUUAAGAGUUAUACUGAAUAAUCUUAAGCUUUCAGUGAAUGGACCAUAAUUUUUUUUUUUCUCAAACUUUUUUUUUACAGGACAAGGAAUUGCUGAAGAAUUUUGCGAAUAAGGCGUUCGAAUCGGAAUCUGUCGGUAUUCCGGUUUUAAAGGCGUUUUACCGUUUCGUGAGUUUCUUAAGUCAUUUGGAGUCUUAGAUAUUACGUUUCUGUUCGGGAGGUCAAAAUUUUAGGAAAAUUUCAAAGUUGCCCUCUAGUUUUCACUAUAGUAUUGAUUUUUGUGAUUUAUUGAAUUAUUGAUUUAUCGAAUUAUUGAUUUUUUUCACUUUGAAGUUCUUGCUUCAGAACGUCUGCAUUUCUGGGUUUUGGAUCAUUUCAAAAUGCAAUUUUUUUGAAGUUGUUAGGGCAAAUUUAGGGUCAACCCUUCUAUUUGAGCUGAGUUUUUCUCCUCCAGAAAGUUUAUUUUAUGAUAUUUGAAGAGAUUUUUUUGCCAUAAAAGGAGGGGGAAAUCAGGAAAAAGCUUGUAUUUUUCUACCAGUUUUUUUGAGGCUUUUUUUAUUUCAAAACUUAUUUCAAAAUUUCAAAGAUAUUUCAUAAAUUUUUUUCGCAGAAAUAUAUUUUUCUCAUACCUUGAUACUGUCCAAAUUUCAUGACGAAAUAAAAAAAACUUGAAAAACCAUUUAUUAGCGAUUUUACAAUUUUUUUAUACUAUGAAAAGCUCAAGUGACCUCUUAAGAGGCUCCUCAAGGAUUACUUGGAGAGGGCACUAAAGUGACCACUAAAACCACCUCUAGAAACCACAUUUUCGCUUCUUAGUGACCACUAUAGUAGUUUUUAAGGGUCUACUAGUACCAUUUGACUCCUAAAGAAGCCACCAAGUUUUAGCCCCUUAAGUGGCCAUUAUUUCGAUUGCUAUAGUGGCCACUAAAACAUAAAAACCCUAAAGUGGCCACUCAACUUCUAGUAGCACCACUUAGACUUUUGAAGUGGAAAACGCCAUUAUUUUGAUUGCUAUAGUGGCCACUAAAACGUCAAAUCCCUAAAGUGGCCACUAAAUAUUUUCCCUUUUUCAGCUCUCCACGCCGAAUCAGAACGUCCGCCGGGUUUUCGCAAAAUUGCUUCCAGAUAUUCUCGAUUCUGUGAGAAAGACUAAAGAUCCAGAAGACCUUGGAACUAAAUCAGUUGUACGUUUUGGACUGGAUAAUGAACUUAGGAACGCCAGAGUAGUCCCUAGAGGGGCGAUCUUAGGAGCCCUUGGAGGUCCCCCUAUAGAGACCACUUCGCCUCCGCCUAUAGGGGGACCGAAGCUUGCAAAAGGGGUUCCUUUAGGGAUUUCAGUUGAUGGCCAUUCUGGAGGUUUCAGUUAGUGUCCACUCUAGGGGCUUUAAUUAGGGUCCACUCUAGGGAUAAGCUUGCAAAAGUGGUCAUUUUAGGAGUUACUGUUAAUCGCCAUUCUCGAGCUUCUAAAUAGUAUCCACUCUAAGGGUUUUAGGUAGUGUCCACUCUAAGAGUUUUGGGUAGGGAUCACUCCAGGGGUUUUAUUUAGUGAGCACUUUAUGGGCUUCAGUUCAUGACCAUUCUCAAGGUUUUAGUUAGUGGCCUCUAGGGGUUCCAGGUAGUGUCCACCAUAGGGGCUUUAAUUAGGGUUCACUCUAGGGGCUCUAAUGAGGGUCCGCUCUAAGGGCUUUGAUUGGGGUCCAAUCGAGGGAUUUUGUUGAUGGCCAUUCUUGAGGUUUCAGUAAGUGUCCACUCUAAGGGCUUCAAUUAGGGUCCACUAUAGGGGUUUCAGGUAGUGUCCUCUCUAGGGACUUGAAUUGGGGUCCACUUUAGUGAUUUUGUUAAUAUCCAUUCUCGAGGUUUCAGUUAGUGUCCACUCUAGGGAAAAAUUUCGGAAACUGGAGUCUCCAUAAUUUUUCCAAUGCAUUUUACAUCAGCCAAGAUUCAUCGUAAAAUUGGUUUAACUGCAAAAAAUCGGAGAUAUUUUUUUGAAAACUGUUAUACAGUACCGCUCAAAAGUCUAUUAACUUUUGGUUUUUUGGGGAUAUCUCAGCGAGUACUUAUCCGAUUUAUAUAUAACUUUCAGGGAUAAUGUAAAAUAUACUUUGAAACAUAUACGGUAUACAAAUACAUGUCCGCAAUCCCUGUGACGCGUUUUUAGGAAUUUUUAUAUUGAAUUCCAUGUUUUUUUAUGCUUUUUAUUUUUUUAUUUAUUUUUUUAUUAAAUUUUUUUAAAAAUUAAUAAUGUUGCCAUAUGAUUUUUUUCAUGUUUUUCAGACAUGGGAAGAACCUUUGGAAAUAAGAAUUUGACUGAUAACGACAAAAGAGCCAUCGUUGUGGGUCGUCAAAAUGGACUGACCAUGAUGAAGUUGGCAGGAAUGUUCGGCGUGACAGAGGCGGGCAUUUCUCAGUUCCUAAAGCGUCAGAAAGCUCAAGAUGGCUCUACUAACAGCCAACGCACUGGAAGACCACGUGUCACUGAUCGUAAUGACGAUAGGAACAUUUUUGAAGACGUCUAGAACCAAUGCAAGACUCACCGCCCCCUGCGAUCAAACAGGAAGUUUUUCUUGAAUUCGCCAUCUCCGCCAUCCGUCUCGACCGUGAAAACGACGUCUGAAUGCUGCUGGAAUCAUGGGAAGACGUCCAGUGAAGAAACCGCUGAUUUCUGAAAAGAAUCGAGCCGCCAGGGUGAAGUGGGCGAAGGAGCAUCUCAACUGGACCCGUCAAGACUGGAACAAGAUUCUGUGGUCCGACGAAAGCAAGUUCCUCCUCUUCGGGAGUGACGGAAUUCAGUGAGUUCGUAGACCAAUUGGGUCCAGAUAUCAUCCGAAAUACCAAUUACCCACCGUGAAACAUGGUGGAGGUUCUUGCAUGGGGUGGGGCGCCUUCUCUGGAAGUGGCAUCGGACCGCUUCAUCGCGUGAACGGCAUCAUGGACAAGCACGUCUACAAAGACAUUCUCCAGAACCAGAUGUUGCCGCACUUGAGAGCCAUGGGCCGUGGGAGUGUUUAUCAACAGGAUAACGAUCCCAAGCACACUUCACUGUUCGUCAAGGUGAGAAAAAUUGACAAGUAAUUCGUAUGGUUUUGAAACUCAGGACUGGUUCAAGAGCCGUCGGGUCAAUGUCAUGGGGUGGCCAAGUCAAUCUCCGGACCUGAACCCGAUCGAACAUCUCUGGGAAGAGUUGGAGCGACGUUGUGCCAACAAAAAGAGCCAAGAAUUGCAACGAGAAGUUUGCUCAACUGCUGUCUGAAUGGAAUCAGAUCCCCAUGUCUACCAUCGACACUUUGCUCAAUUCUAUGCAGAGAAGAUGCCAGGCAGUGAUUGACGCCAGGGGCUUCGCAACCAAGUACUAGGUCCCGAAUAUUGUUUUAACAAUGUUUUGUGUUGAUAAAAAAAUUUUUUUGUUGAGCUAUGAUUUUUUUAAUUGAAAAUAGCAAAAAAAUUCGAUUUUUUUCGAAAAUUCGUUUUUUUCUCGAAAAAAAUUAUUAUUCUUUGAGCUAGCAACUUGAAAUUUUUGCCAGAACACGUAUGUCUCUCUCAGAAAACUAUGAAAAAAAAUUUGAAUCGAUAUCGCACUUCAAAAAAAAUUUAUCCCCAAAAAACCAAAACUUAAUAGACUUUUGAGCGGUACGGUAUCUAUAAUGUAUGAUUCGAUGCGUUGGAUCUUUUGAUUUUGAAGUUUUUUUUUUGAUUGUGUUUUUCAAAACUGAAAAAGAUCGGAUAGAAGGAUAUUAAUGAAGUUGGCGAAACGUAGGACCCUCUGGGACGGAUGAAAUGAUCGAAAUAAAUUUUAAAAAAACGUUGAAAGAUUGAAAAAGACUCUAGAAAGAUUACGUCUAGAAAAAUACAAUUCUCGAUGCUUUAUAGUCAGUGUCCACUAUAGGGUUUUAGUUAGUGUCUACUCCAGAGGUUUCAAUCAGGGUUCACUCUAGGGGUUUCAAUUAGGGUUCACUCUAGGGGUUUCAGGGGAAUUUAUUGAAUUUUAACUUUAUGAAAAAAAUAAAAUUUCCAGGUGAAAAAAAUCAAUAAAUCGAUUUAGUGUAUGAAACAGUAUCUACAGAAAGUUGAAAGAUCAAUAUUUAUUUAAUACGACUUUUUCAAUUUUUCCAAUACAAACAAUAACUAUAAAAACCCCUAUAGGGACCACUUGAGCUUCAGGUGCUUAAUAGUCAGAUCCUUAAACCCUAGAGGGCUUCCUUAAGGUCUUUUUUGUCCCCUAGCCCCUCUAGGGGUCACUCUGGCGCUCUUAAUGAAAAUUUUGGAAUCAAAAAAGGAAUAUAUCAUAGAAAUUCUUCAGGCAGUGAUCAGAAUGGUGAAUAUGCUCAAUUUAUUCGCCUUUUUCGUCACGAAAAUGGAAAAAUUGGACUAUUAUGCGAAGAAUUUGAGAAGUUUCGUCUCGAAAAAUGUCCAAGUUUAUCGGAAUUGGGUAAUUUUUCUAGUCUGACCUGUCUGCGCUCUCUUUUCUCUCACCUGAAGUUUAAGAAAUGGAGAAAUAGCAUGUAGAAUGAGAGAGUCUUUUCUCUUCAAUUUUGAGCGCCCAUGACUUUUUUCACAGACCUCUUAGAACAUUUUCGAUCCUACAUUUGGAUUCAGCUCGAAAAAAUCCUUCUAGUGAGAGAAAAGAGAGCGCAGACAGGUCAGAGUGCUACAAAACUUGGAGGAUGAUCGAUUAUUGAUUGAUUGAUUUUUUUUCAGACUUUUGGUUUUGUGAAUGAUUUGGCGAGUUUGCGUGAUUUGAUACAUCGGCUUAUCGAUACGAUGGAAGUUGUCGGAGACGAUUCUGUGUGUUCCGUGGAGCACAUUUUCAUGAUUCUCGAUCAAUAGUGAUUUUUCUUGAUUUUUGUCAUAGAAAACUUGAUCCAUCAGAUUUUUUGACGUUUUUAUGAUCUUUUUUUCCAUUUUUACAAGCGGAAAACUCGCAAAAAAACUUUAUUUGAAUUUUUUAGAUUUCUGAGGUUACCUCUCUUCAUUAUUCAGUAGUUCAGGUUUUUUUAAAUGAAUUCUAUUUUCUAGCUUCUCUGCGCUCUCUUCUCCCUCAGCAAGAAGAUCAACUUAAAAGUUAAAAGCUUAAAAGUUCUGGGAAAUUUUUGUAGUGCCCACUUUAGGGUUUUGACCUCUUAGUGGCCAUUGUAGUAGUUGAAUUAGGGGCCACUUUAGGAGUCUAAGUGGUACCACUAGAAACCAGAAAAUGGUCACUCUAGGGUUUUGAGGUUUUAGUCGCCAAUGUAGUAGUUGAAUCAGAGGAAUUCUUCGAGACCACAAAAAGUUUGAGUGGCCACUUUAGGGGUCAAUGGAUCAUCAUAACUGGUCCAAUCUGUUUGUUUUAAAAUUAUCAGAGUUACUGGAAGGAAUACUGGAUGAAAAACUACUGAAGUGGCCACUAUAGAGGUGGGUUUAGUGGCCACUUUAGAGUCCGCUCCAAGGAGCCCUUGAGAAACCUCUUAAGAGGCCACUUGACCGAUAGAGCGCGGAAAAGUGUACCUGAUUUUCUCAGGCCUUGGUAAAGCGAACCGGACGCGAAUCGAAAGUUUCGGGACAUUUCUAGGGACCACUUUAGUAGCGUCAGCCCUCUUAAGUGAUCCCUAGAAUCGCUCAGGAACGUCCGGUUUUGUUACCUAGAUCCAAGUGUCAUGCUAUAAAGUACGGGCGUUUACAAAAUGCGACCGCUUUUUUGUGCUCCACUGCGAAUUAAUAAAAUGCGGGCGUUUCUUGAUCUUAUCUUUUUCACUUUUACUGGGAAAUUUAUUUCAAAAUUUGUAUUUUUUUCCUUUUUAAAAAAACGAUUCAAUAAAGUAAUAGUUUAUUUUAAUUGCUUGAAAAACUUCCCAUGAAGAGUUUCUGAAACCGAUUUUUAUACAGUUUACAAUUCUCUAAUAAACCUAAAAUCAGGUGGAAAAAACUGAAAAUGGGACAGAAUUUUAAAAAAGAUACUGUCAAAAAUGAAGAUGGGCACCACUGUACAAUAGAAAAAAUUAAAAAACUAUUUUCAUUUUAAAAGAAUAAUGAAAAGUCAAAAAACCCUGCAGCACAAAAAAAGGUCGCAUUUUACAAACGUCCGUACUUUAUGGCAUGCCGCUGCGAACUUAGCAACAAAUAACUUCUGGAAAUUCCGUUUAAACUUUAAGUUGAAACAGUAGAACCAUGAAAGUGUCCGAAUUUUAUUUAAAAAAAGCGUUAUAAUCACGACUUGGAAUUUCACCGAACGACAUUCCGCUGUGCCGCCGCGCGCCUUUGCGAACCUCGGUCGCGCUUUUUUAAUUUUUCUUUGAUACUCUUUCAUGUGCUCCCACAGCAGUAACAAUAAAUUGAAAACCUAGAUUCGAAAGACGCGUCGCGACCGCACGCAGCGGAACAGCGGAAUGUCGUUCCGUGAAAUUUCAAGUCGUGGCACAUAGACUAUGAAAUCGGGAUUUUGCAGUAAUUAUAUCGAGUCUUUGCAAGUCAUUUUGACGACCUGCGAGGCUCAGCGAGUCCAUUGUGGGGUUCCUUUGGACUGCAUCCAUUUUCUGGCCAAUCAUCCCCUCGGAUUGAUUAUUUUCUCGGAAAACGUCGAAUCGACCCAAAAGUUGAUCGAAACCUUGGGGAAUCUUCAGGUUGGUCCGUUCUGAAAUGGAGAUUUUUGGGUUCAGAGACAUUUUUGACAUCUUUUGGUGACUGAAAAAUGGCCUUUCUGCACCAGUUUUUAAUAUUUUCCACGAAAACUUUGAAGAGAUGAAACUGAAUAGGAUCAGGAAAAAUCAGAUUUUUGAAAAUUUAAGCUGCUAGAGACGCGUUGCGGUCGCGACGCGGUUAAAAAAACGAAAAAAAUGGAAAAAAAAAUUUUCUCAUACUUUUUUUCGAAAUUUUUCCCAAAAAUACUGACUACUCAGUUGAAUGAAGAAAAGCAUGAAAAAUAAAACCUAAUUUUUUUACGCUCCCCCUCUCCCCCAUCAAAAAAAUAAGUCUCGCAAAGGUUCUGUAGAACACGUGUCAAAGCCUAAAUCUAAAAUGGGAGGGGGGCUUGUUUGAAUGAGCUCUGCGGGGGGCUUUUUAAAGAGCAGUGGGGGAAUAGGAUAGUUUGCCUAGACGUUUCAGAAUCGGCUCCCGUUUUUGUACUGCGGGGGGCCAUUCUAGAAUACAGUUUCGCCCCCCGCGUUUGAUUCUUCCCCCACAUGAAGCCCCCUGAUUUUACCCCUCCCCUCCCCCGCAGAAAGCUCUCUGAUUUUACCCCCCCACAUGAAGCCCUCUGAUUUUACCCUUUCCCUUCAUUUCCCGCCAAAAACCGCGACCGCAACACAUCAUUUUGAUAUAUUUCCUCCUAUCCUCUUUCAAAUCAGAAGAAAAUGAUUAUAAAAUGCUCCAAGAAUAUUUCUUAUCAAAAAAAUUUCUUACUAAUAUUCGAUUUUCAAGGCUCUGAAACCUCCCGAGGAGACCGUGAAACACGAAAAGGCCGAGGAAUUGAGGAUCGAAUUUAUCUCGAAACUCUACCUUUUCCGACUCUUUUCCGCAGUCAAGAAGCAUUCGAAAACGUGAGUUUUAUGAAAAGUUAAAGAAAGGAUCCGGUUUUGAAAAGCUUUUCUGAACUUGCUGUUAUAGUCUAUGUGCCACGACUUGAAAUUUCACGUAGCGACAUUCCGCUGUUCCGCUGCGUGCGGUCGCGAAGCGUUUUUCGAAUCUAGGUCACGCUUUCAAUUGAUUGUUAUUGCUGUGGGAGCACAUGAAAGCAGAGUACCUUAAUAAAAGAAAAAAAUUAAAAGCGCGACCAAGGUUCGAAAAGGCGCGCAGCGGCACAGCGGAAUGUCGUUUAGUGAAAUCCCAAGUCGUGGUACACAGACUAUAAAUUUCGUACAAGGCCUUUUUUUGUUUCGAUAGUUUUAUUCACUCUUUGAUUUCUUUCAACCUUUGGAGAAAUUUUAGUUUUUCUUGCUAUUUUUUUAAAAAAAUAUCAGUUAUUUUAUUGAUUUUUUUCCGUUUUUUUCGAGCUCUUUUUUUGAUUUUUUUUUUUUUCGAUUCUAGAAGAAUUCUGUGCAGUUAAGAAACAUUUGAUUAGAAGUUAUGAGGCCCUUUUUACUUUUUGAAUAAUUUUUGUUUAAUUCACUGUUUUUUUAGACUAACUGCUGAAGACUUGAAAACGAACGAGGAGCGGAAAAAAGCAUUGGAACGACUUUUUGCGGCCUCCCAACACCCGACUCUCCAUGAUUCCUUCGUUUUUGUUGGAUCUUUCUUCGCAAGACCCGUUUUCGAGAUUGUUCUGCUGGCACAGGAUCCUGAAAGGGUAUUAUCAGAAGAAAAAAAAAUGGGAAGAAAAAUAGUUCAUUCAUGACACGCUACAAUAAAUCCCAGGAUCCAGAAACGGUAAAAUGUGGAAGAAAAAUAGGAAAGUUUAUUCAUGAUGAGCUACAGUAACCAUCUUUUGCUUCGAGACUCAUUUAGAACUAGUUUUUGAUUUUUAAUCUUUUCUUUCAAAAUUCGGGGAAGCAACAUCCCGAAACGGAAAAAAUUGGAUGAAAAAAUAGGAAAGUUCAAUCACGACGAGCUACAGUAAUCCCUUUUCGCUUCAAGACUCAUUUUGGACGAAUUUUCGAUUUUUUAUUGUUUCUUUGAAAACGCGUGGCACAGAACCCUGAAACGGAAAAAAUUGGAUGGGAAAUAGGAAAUUUCAUUCAUGAUGAGCUACAUUAAUCCUUUUUCUUUUCAAGACCCCUUCAAGGCGGAUUUUCGAUUUUUUAUUGUUUCUUUGAAAACGCGUGGCACAGAACCCUGAAACGGAAAAAAUUGGAUGGGAAAUAGGAAAUUUCAUUCAUGAUGAGCUACAUUAAUCCUUUUUCUUUUCAAGACCGCUUCAAGGCGGAUUUUCGAUUUUUUAUUGUUUCUUUAAAAACUCGAGGCACAGAUUCCUGAAACAGCAAAAUCGAAAGAAAAAAUAGUUCAAUCACGACGAGCUACAGUAAUCCUUAUUCGUUUCAAAACUCAUUGAGGGCGGAUUUGCGGUUUUUAACCGUUUAUUUCAAAAUUCGAAAAACAAGGCCCUGAAACGGGAAAAAUUGGAAGAGAAAAUAGGAAAGUUUUUACAUAAACAGUAACCCCUCUUCGCUUCGAGACCCAUUAAAGGCGGAUUUUCGAGUUUUAAUCGCUCUUUAAAGGCUCGAGGCACAGAAUUCAGAAACGUUGUAGUUAAAAAAAGACGAGAUAACUCAUAAAAAGCUACAGUAAUCCCUUUUCGCUUCGAGACCUAUCAAAGGCGAAUUAUUAAUUUUUAAUCGUUUUUUUUUUAAACUCGAGAUGCAGGAUCCAGGAACGGUAAAAACAAGAGAGAAAGUAUGGGAAUUAUUUGUUUAUUCAUGAAAAGCUACAGUAGCCCUUUUUCGCUUCGAGACCCAUUUCGAACGAAUUUUCGAUUUUUUUGAAGCUUCAUUAAAAUUCGCGGCUUCAGUCAACUUUUAACACUCUGUGACUUAUAAAGCUGAGAAUUUUAUGUUUUUUUCAAAAAAACUAUUGAAACCGAAUAAAAAUUUUUUUCGCCAAUGGUAUGGAAGACUAUGAAUUAUCGAGUUUUAAUAAUUUUUUUUCGAUUAUUCUCACAAAAAUUAAAAAAAAACUCCUGAGACCAUUUAAUUCUGCAGAGAAUCACCCAAAAAGCGGCCGGUUUAUUCGCUUUCGACUUGACGGCGAUCCUGAUGUUGGAAGUUUGUGAGCCCGUCUUCUGGAUCGAAAAAUGCUCCGAUUUUUCGCGACUUUGGCCAGCAAAAAAAGUUUCCUUUGAAGUGGAAGUUUGUUAUUUUUUUUUUGUAUAGGUACACAUUUAUGAGGAAAAAUGCUUUGUAACGCCCCGAUUUCAUUGAAAAGAUGCAUUUUUGGUUAAAAAUAAGUUUAUUGGUUUUAUAAUUUUUUUUAGGCAGGAGGUUCAAAGAAGGGUAUUCAAUUAGGGUCCAGAAUGCUUCGAAAAAUCCUUAAAACUUGUAUUUUUACACUUUUCUCAUGGAUUAUGGGUACAAAAAUACAAUAAGGUUGUUUAUUAGAAAUAGACGAUUGAAUUUUUGGAUUUUAUAAUUUUUUAUGAGGCAAAAGGCCUAAAAAACGUUUCAAAAUGGCUCUAGAAUGCCUGAAAAACUUCUAAAAUUGUGAAUUUUCACUUUUCUUAUGGGUAGAAUGUGUACUAAAAAUAAAUUUAUGAAAAAAGAACCUUCCAGGAACGAUCACAACGCCGCGGCUCAACUGAUUCUAGAAGCUUUCGUUAAUAAAAAUGUCCAGUGCAUUGAGAAGCUGAACGACAAGGAAACCCAGGAACAAUUCGUUUUGGGCCUUUCUAAGAGGUUCUUCUUGUUUUUCGCACCGACCGCGAGGCGUUUUGGCGCCAAUAAAUAAUUCAAUCCUUGAAUAUUUCCAUUUCUUUUAAUAAUAAUAAUAAUUUAUUCACAGAUCAGUGUGAACCCCAACGAGUUCACUUCGAUCUACAAUUUAAAUAAGGAAAAAAGAAAAAAAAAAGUUGAAGUAAAAAACAAAAAAUUGAGAUCAGUUAAGUCUUGGUGGAAUAGAGGUAAAAAAAUUCGUUGCGAGGUAAAACGACCAAUAAUUUUUUUCAAAAGAAUUAGGUGGAAGUGUGAACUGAUAUUUGGAUGUAAGUUUAUUCCAAAUAGGAAUAGUUUUUGAAAAAAAAAGUUGUUAGAAAAACUGACCUUGAGAACGUAGCCGAAGUGGAUUUCGCCUUAAAUUGAAAUCUGAGGGCAAAAUUUUCGAAUUGAGGAAAGUGAUCAUGACCAGAAACAAUUUUUUGGAGAGUGAGGAGAUCAGAAAUAACUCGUCUAAUGUAAAGUGGGGUUUGUUGAAAUUGCUCUAGACGAUCUGAAUAGGAAUCAAAAGAUAGGUUCGACCUAAUGUAAACUUUGCGGGAAAAAAUUUUGAGUGGGGAUUCAAGCUUGUAACUUUUUUCACCCGGAUAUAGUCGAUGUGCCACGACUUGAAAUUUCAUGGAACGACACUCCGCUGGGUGGUCUUGUGGCCGUGAAAGCGCCUUCCCUUUGCGAGAUUCGGUCGCGCUUUCCUUUUUUUUUUUCUUUUAUUUGAAAUUUUCCUUAUUUUAAUAAUGUUUUUAAUAGUUUUCUUCGUGCCAAACUCAUGAUUAUCAUUGCUAGUGGAUAGACUGUUUCAUUAGAAACAAAAAAAAACCUUUUUUUUGGAAACAACAAAUUUGCAUCAUUGCUGGGCUUGCCUUUCCAGUAAUCAUCAUGUUACGCUUAUUGCGCUGAACGUAUUCGAAACGUCUCCAAAGAAAUUUAUGUCAAAGAGCGAAAAAUAUUGAACAUAAUCAAAAAAGAAAUUUUAACAUACAAAAUUCGAAAAGUACUUGACUUUCAGGUGUUUCCAAGGGAACAGUCUAUGCAAAAGCAAUGAUAGUUCCGUUUUUGGCACGAAAAAAUAAUUGAAACAUUGUCAAAAAAGUGAAAAUAUCAAAUAAGAGAAAAAAUAAAAAUCGCGACCGAAAUUCGCAAAGGCAAGGCGCUUUCACGGCCACAAGGCCACCCAACGGAGUGUCGUUCCAUGAAAUUUCAACUCAAGGCACAUCGACUAUACAUAGAACAAUAAAUUCAAAAUCACCUUUUUUCAAAAAUGUCAAAUUGGCGCUAAAAACCGCGUCGCAGCCGCUUCGCACGCAUCCCUGCGUUGAUUAAAUUAUCAAACAAAACAUGUAAAUACCCUUUCAAGGCUUCAUGUCGUCGACACGACGGGAGAACGUUCACGAUUGGACGCCAAGAUUCCCGAUCCAAGGCUGAUCAUCGCCUUCCGACUCGCCAAUACUUUUGUUCGACUAAUCCCCCAUUUUUGAGAAAUGAUGUUCAUCUUCAGAUCAGCUCCUCGGAUUGGAAUACCUGUGCAAAUCGGUUGAGGAUGCUCGACAAAGCUGACGUUCCGAUUCAUCUCGAUCUUGUUCUUUAUGUAAGAUUCUUUGAGAAAAGGGUUUUGUGAGAAGAAAGCUAGAGAUCAAAAAGUUUGAAGAGACGUUAGAGAAAUGAACAACUACCACUUUCUCUGGCGUCUCUUCUCUUUCGCUUUCCUUUUUCGAGGCUUUUCCAGUUUCUAUUUAAAAAAAAAGAAAACGGGAAAAAUGAUCGAUGCGAGAGGUCAGGGGCGCUUGAAGAAACGUGAGAGAAGUAAAAGAACUGUCUCUAUCUCUGGUACCUCUCCUCUCUCGCCUUCCCUUUUCGGGGCAUCUUUAUAUACUUUCAGAAAAACGGUGAAAAUGAACGAAGCGAGAGAUUGGUAAGGUUUAAGAGGCAUCAGAGAAGCAGGGAACUUUCGCUUUCUCUGCAGCCUCUUAUCUCUCGCUUUCCUAUUUUUAGGCUUUUCAUUCUAUAGAAAAACAAGAAAAUUAACCAAGCUAGAGAUCAGAAGCGCUUGAAGAGACGUUAGAGAAGCAGGGAACUCUCUCGCUCUCUGGAGCCUCUUCUCUCUCGUUCCCCCUUUUUGGGGCUUUUUUAGGUUUUCCAUUGGAAAAAAAAAAAUGAAGGAAGCAAGAGAUCAAAAAGCUUGACGAGACGUUAAAGAAAAAAAGAACUUCCUCUUUCUCUGGUGUCUCUUCUCUCUCGCUUUCCUAUCUUUGGGCUCUUCAUACUAUAGGAAAAAUUCGAAAAAUGAAGGAAGCAAAAGAUCAAAAAGUUUGAAGAGACGUUAGAGAAGCAGGGAACUCUCUCUUUCUCUGGAGCCUCUUCUCUCUCGCUUUCCUUUACCGAGGCUUUUCAGAUUCUCUAAAAAACGGGAAAAAUGAUCGAUGCGAGAGGUCAGGGGCGCUUGAAGAGACGUUAGAGAAGUAAAAGAACUGUCUCUAUCUCUGGUACCUCUUCUCUCUCGCUUUCCUAUUUUUUUGGCUCAUUUUUUUCUAUAAGUAAAAAAGAAAAAAAAUGAAGGAAACGAGAGAUCAGGGGCGCUUGAAGAGAUGUGAGAGAAGUAGAGAACUGCCUCUUUCUCUGGAGCCUCUUCACUCUCGCUUUCCCUUUUUAAGGCUUUUUCAGUUUCCAUUGGAAAAAAGAACGGGAAAAAUAAUCGAAGCGAGAGAUCAGAGGCGCUUGAAGAGACGUUAGAGAAGCAGGGAACUCUCUCUCUUUCUCUAAUCCUCCUGCUCUCUCGCUUUACUAUUUUUGGGCUCCUUUUAUAGUCAUUUAACCACAAAACCAAGAAAAAAAAAAUAAUUUUUUUCAAAAAAGAUCCCAACUUUUUCCAGAACACGACAGUGCUGUACUAUCGUUCGUACGAUACGCCGGACGGAAAAUCGAACUCGGAAGAAGACAUGGCGCACUUCUUGAUCUCGGCGUUCAGCUACUACCUGCGGAUGGUUCAGCUGCGGAUCCCGAUCGAUCCGCCCACUGUUCGGCCCUUCCUUUGAAGCUCGAAGUGAUGAAAAUAGCCUUUUCAGUGCAGCAAAUCGAGGCCGGUGUGGCCGAAACACAGUAUGUUGUCGAUCUUCGUCUGCAAGGCAAUUUUGGCCUCCUGGCGGAUGACCAAGACCACGGAAAGGGCCGAAAAAAUCCAGAGAUUGAUCCGGGAAAUCGUCUGGCAUGUCCUGAUCUCCCGUAGGCCAGUAAGUUCAUUGCGAAAUAUCAAGGUUCAAAUUAUGAAAUUUCGAAGUUUCUUCAAAAAGAGGUUAAAAUGUGCAAUUUACGACGUCAUUCUUUAGAUGGGUGACGUCAUUUUGGUCAAAAAUUGUGAUUUAAAGGUCCUUAAUUGGGAAUUCUUCAAUUUAUUGACGUUAUUUUACCAUAAAUGACGUCAUUUUUGUACUUCUGACGUCAUGUCACCGUAAAUGACGUCAUUCUGGUACUUCUGACGUCAUGUUACCAUGAGUGACGUCAUUAUUGCAUUUCUGACGUCAUGUUACCAUGAAUGACGUCAUUUUUGAAUUUCUGACGUCAUGUUACCAUGAAUGACGUCAUUCUUGAAUUUCUGACGUCAUGUUACCAUGAAUGACGUCCUUUUUGAAUUUCUGACGUCAUGUUACCAUGAAUGACGUCAUUUUUGUAUUUCUGACGUCAUUCUGCUAUUUCUGACGUCAUGUGACCAUAAAUGACGUCAUUAUUGUUUUUCUGACGUCAUUCUGCUAUUUCUGACGUCAUGUUACCAUAAAUGACGUCACUCUUGAAUUUCUGACGUCAUGUUCUCAUAAAUGACGUCAUUCUUUAAUCAAGUGUACCGAGGAUUUUCUACAAAAAAAAUUUACAGUUCUCAUUGAAAAAAAAAAUGAGACCGGCACUAGUUUUCUCAGAAUAAUGACGUCACUAACACUUUUUAUGACGUCAUCAUCGAAAAUGUUUUCAAUUCUCUAGAAGCUGAUCCAAAGUUUGCUGAACAACCUGAACGAAAGUCGAAUCGAACUGGACUGCUCUUACGAAAUGAUGUGUCUUCUGGCCCGAGCCGCCCCUUCGACGGUCAAUCCGAUGAAAAGCUCGGCGGAUGAGGUAAUGAAUGGACUUUUUGAGAGGUUAACGAAUUUUAGAAGUUCAAAAUCUACCAAGAACGCCUGAAAUACGCCGGCGAGCAGUUGACGAAAGCUUUGAACGACUCGUGGAUCGAUGAUAUGAUUUCGGUGAGGUUUCGGGAGGGUAAAAUGAACAUUUUUGGGAAAAGUGUGCGUGUGAAAAAUUGUUCAAUCAUGAAAAACAGUCAAAAACAAUUUUUAAAAAAUUGAAAUUGAGAAAAAUCGAAGAAAAAAGCGAAAACCAAAAAAUGUUGUCCAUGGAGCAACUUUACUGCAAAACGCCAUUUUGGCGGGAUUUCAAGAAUUUCUCACUCUGAUUUUGAACAACUUUUUCAACAAAAGUAAAAACUUCCGUACACUUUCAAGAAUACCGUUCGAUUCGCAAUGAAAAACUCUAUAAAGAACCGAUUUGAGCAGGAACCUCGUUUUUUUACUGCCCAUGUGCCUAUAAAGAGAGUCUCCAGCAUGAAAAAAUGAUAAGAAAACUUAGCCGUGUAAAAAUUGUUCUCUAACGAAAUCAUUUUUGAAAAUAGCCGCAUAAAAUAUAGCUAAAGAUUUUUCUUUAAAAACAUUGCCCCAGGCAGAGGAAAAGAGGCUUCUUCGAGAUUUUAGCCAAAUUCGGGAGUCGAGUAGAUUUUUUUGCGAAAUUUGAACAUUUCACUUACAUUGAAAAUAUUUAAAAUAGAAAAAAAGAAUUAUUUAAAAAUCAAAUCGAAUUUUGCGCGUCGAUUAUGUAGUUUUGUGUGCAUCACGGACAAUGCAGCGAAUCAUACGCCAUUUUUUUAAAAUUUUUUUUUUUUUUUUCAAAAUUUCUACGGCUUUUUUUCUCGAAAUUUUCUUGUGGAAAAUAGGCUUCCGUUGAGAAUAGGCUCAAAUUUUCGACUUCGAGUAGAUCCCCACUAAACGUCGACUUUCCAGAGAUGCGCCCUGGACAGUACAACGAACAUUUUUGCGAUGCGAUUGAGCCAUCUGUCAAUUACAAUUGGAAAGAAGAUUUUUUUGAAUUUCCUCAAAAAAGCGGCUCGUCUCAUUUUCAAAGACGGUGCUGUCAAGACCUAUGAGGAUGUAAGUUGAAUUUUUUUAGGGUUCUCAAAAUUUUCUAGGUGCUUCUUAUGGUGUUUUUUUUCAUUUUGAAAAGGCUAGAAUUUAAAAAAAAAAAAUGAAAUAAAGGCUUGAAAGUUGGAUAUGAUAAGCUUUAUAAGGACUUUUUGAAAAAAAUGUCUGGUUUUUUUUUGAUUUUUUUUAAAUGAACCAUUAAUCUGUUAUUAAUGAAUUUUGCAAUUAAGCAAUUUUUUUCAGUUUGAAACUUUUUAAAGAUCCAUUAUUUUCAGCCGGAAAAGACCGGCUUCAUGCGUCAAAUGUACUGGAUUCUCGAAUUUGUCGAGAACACUUGCCCAAAAGCUGUUAUUGCACAAAUAUUCGAGGAAAACGAUGAAAAGUUGGUUUUUAUCCCCGUUUCAAACAAUCUGGUCGCAAGGGGAAUGGCUGAAUUUCGAAAGUCUUAAGUUUUUCAAAAGUGCACCAGUUUCAAAAGUGCGCCCGACUUAAAACGACUUGCGUAAGCCAGGCUAAAUUUCAAAAGUGCGCCCGACUUGAAACGGUAUGCGUGAGCCAGGUUAAGUUUCUAAAGUGCGCCCGACUUGAAACGGUUUGCGUGAGCCAGGUUAAGUUUCUAAAGUGCGCCCGACUUGAAACGGUUUGCGUGAGCCAGGUUAAGUUUCAAAAGUGCGCCCGACUUGAAACGACUUGCGGGAACCUUCUUGAUUCCAAUGCCAAAAUCAAGAAAUUCAGUUCUGCAGCGCGUCGAGAGCCAUUCUAAGUGCGACCCGAGUGUUUCAAGCCUCAAAGAAAAUGGAUUUAAAAAAAAAAACUUAAUUCAGGUUUUGGAUUCAUUCUGAUAAAAUCGUGGAGGCGGUGAAGAAGCCGAACCAUUUCUUGGUCCUUUGUACUUAUGCGGUGAGAUUAUUUUUCCCUAUUUUUGAAGGUAACAUUUGUUUUUAGCUGUAUUUUUCGAUUUUUAGUGAAAAGAGUGAAAAAUUAGUAUGGACUUAUGUAACUGCUAACAACGGAGGUCAUUUUACUUUGCGGUUGGGAUUUUUCUGAAAAUUGGCCAGAACACUCCUUGAUGUACCAGAUAAAGAUCCUGAAAGUCUCAACCUGCACAGCUUCCUAGUUUUCGAGAAAUAAGGGUCUAAAGCCCCAAAAUAACCAAUUUAAUGGAUUUUGAGCCUUUUCUUUGACUUAGAGACUCAUUUUCCCAAAAACGAGGGAUUUCUGCAAAUUGAGACUUCUAGAAUUUUAUUCUGGCUCAUCAAAAAGCGUUCUGACCGAUUUUAAGGAAAAUUCCAACCGCCAAGUACAAUGACCUCCCUUACAAAAAGUCAGGAGUAGAAAGAAAGUUUGAGCGGAAAAUGCGUUCUGUUGCUAACUUCUUCUUUAGAGGGAUAGGAUGAAAAAUCUAGAGAGAAAAGCAAUUAUUGUACUUUGAAAAAUCCGUCAAUGAAAAAAGGAACCGUAAUAUUCAAGGUUUCAGAACUAAAAAAAAAAAAGCUUGAAACGAGUUUGAAAAAGAGGCGGGGUCUAAAAAGCAGGAACUCGUCAGGCUUGAGAAUUCCAGAGUGGUCCCUAUAGGGGUUAGUGAGGUGAAACAAUCCCUAUAGGGAAAAAGUUAAGGUGGUCCCUAUAGGGGUUUAGGGUCUGACCCCUUAGCCCCUAAAGCUCAAGUGGACCCUUUAGGGGUCUUUUAAAUUCAUUAAAAAACGCUUUUUUUCAGUUUUUUCCCAUGGAAAUGCUUCUUCGCGUAGAGCUUAUAAAAAUUAUUGACUAACAUGUCCCCUAUAGGGGCCACUUGUGCAAGUCUAAGUGGCCCGUAUAGGGUUGGUAAAGCGGUCUUUGGAGGGCUCCUAAGGCUGCCCCUAUAGGGACCACUCUGGAGUUCCUGAGGGGUUCUGGCUCUGAUUUUUGUCUUUUGAUAGAGGAGCAAAAAGGCAAAAAACGGAGAAAAAUUUUUUUCAGACCUUUCUCCUGAGACUCUUCGAAGCAGUUCCAUAUCAUGUCAAACCGUCAUCCGGUCGUGAACUUACUCUUUCUGAACAGUGGGCUUCCGAAUUCAAUGAGGAAACCGUUGAAGAAGAGGAGCAGAACGCCGUCGACCAGGGUCAGUUCUGGAAGAAGAAAAAAUGGUUACGGUGGUUGAGAAGUACGCAUGCACUCUGACGUAGCUCUUUUUUUCGAAGAGAACUUGUGCAAUUUAGGAGGUUACAGUAACUCAAUAGCAUUUUAAAAAAAGUAUUUUUUUGGGGGGGUUACUGUGGUUUUUUUGAGCGGAUUUUGGAGGUCAUACGGUAGGACAUAAGUACGCAAAAAUCUUAACGAAGAGGAGUAGAACGGCCUCAACCAGGGUCAGUUUUGGAAGAAGAAAAAGAGGUUACGGUCGUUUUUAGAAGAAAAAAAUGGAUUUAGAAGAAAAAAAGAAGGUUACGGUAGUUGAGAAGUACGCAUGCACUUUAACGUAUUGAAAGUUCUUUUUUUCGAAGAGAAGUUGUGCAUUAUAGGAGGUUACAGUAACUGACUAGCAUGUCAAAAAAUUUAAGCUUUUUUGGGUUACUGUAGUUUUUUUGAGCUGGUUUUGGAGGUCAUACGGUAGGAAUAAAGUACGCAAAACUCUGAACGAAGAGGAGCAGAACGCCGUCGGCCAUUAGAAGAAGAAAAAGGGAUUACGGUAGUUUUUAGAAGAAAAAAAAUGGAUUUAGAAGAAAAAAGAAGGUUACGGUAGUUGAGAAGUACGCAUGCACUUUAACGUAUUGAAAGUUCUUUUUUUCGAAGAGAAGUUGUGCAAUAUAGGAUCUUACAGUAACUGACUAGCAUGUCAAAAAAUUUCAAACUUUUUUGGGGUUACUGUAGUUUUUUGAGCUGAUUCUGGAGGUCAUACGGUAAGACGAAAGUACGCAAAACUCUGAACGAAGAGGAGCAGAACGCCCUCGACCAUUAGAAGAAGAAAAAAGGAUUACGGUAGUUUUUAGAAGAAAAAAAGAAGGUUACGGUGGUUGAGAAGUACGCAUACACUCCGACGUAUUGAAAGUUCAUUUUUUGAAGAGAAGUUGUGCAAUAUAGGAGGUUACAGUAACUGACUAGCAUGUCAAAAAAUUUCAAACUUUUUUGGGGUUACUGUAGUUUUUUUUGAGUUGAUUUUGGAGGUCUUACGGUAGGAAAAAAGUAAGCAAAACUCUGAACGAAGAGGAGCAGAACGCCCUCGACCAGGGUCAGUUUUGGAAGAAGAAAAAAUGGUUACGGUAGUUUUUAGAAGAAAAAAAGAUGGUUACGGUAGUUGAGAAGUACGCAUGCACUCUGACGUCUUGAAAGUUCUUUUUUUGAAGAGAAGUUGUAUAGGAGGUUACAGUAACUGACUAGCAUUUUAAAAAAAGUCAGAUUUUUUUUUGGGGUUACUGUAGUUUUUUUCGAGCUGGUUUUGGAGGUCAUACGGUAGGACAAAAGUACGCAAUGACUGUUUAUCAUGAGAAAGAAAAUGAGGAAUUUAUUUUUCGUAUAAUCGGAUUACGGUAAUCGAUAUGCGUGCGAACACUUUGCUGUCAUAUGCACAGUUUUUCAUUCCGAAUUUUUUCAGGAACUUUUUCAUUGGAAGUGCCGCCAAUGUAUCCGGGCUGUGUGCCUGUCGCCCCCCAGCCAUUGCCAAAAGGCGCGGAUCCCCUUCAGAAACUCCAUUGUAACCAUUUUUCCUCCGAAAACUUGUUUUGAAGGCAUACGGGAAGUGAAAAAAUGGGCUUUCCUAGUCAUUAAACUUUCUACCUAGGAAAAGUUGGAAUGUGGAAAAAGGCUCUGUAGAAAUGUUCCUCUUUUGCUGCCUUUUUGCACCAUUUGAUCGGCCCUUAUGCACCAUUUUUCACUGCCAAAGUCGGGAGUGACUGCAAAAUGGCCGCUAAAAGGGUUCCGUUUUGCGGCCUUUAUUGAGCUUUUCAUUUUUGGUGGGCUAAAAAGCCUCAAAAAGGGUGCAAAAAGGCUACAGAAAGGCUGCAAAAAGGCAGCAAAAAGGAUGCAAAAAGGGUGCUGAUAGUCUUGGUCAUUAAGGAUUUUUGAUUGUAUUACUGUAGCCCAUUUUGGUUCAUACACAGUCACUGGUGAAGAUUAUCCUCAAUUUAAAAAAUUUUAUUUCUCAAAAGGGCCCAAAAAGGGUGGAUAAAGGCUGAUGAAAGGGUGGAAAAAGGCAGUAAAAAGGAAAACGUUGCCACCCAUUACGGACCCUCAAAGGGCCUGUAAAGGGUCCUUCCGACCUAUGUUUCUGCCUCUCCCUUCUUCCACCAUUUCUUGAGCCUUUAAAAACCUUGAAAAAAUGGGAGGCUAGAUUAAGGGAGCCUUUUCGCAGCCUUUCUGCGGCCUUUUUGGAGACUCUCCCUUUCAGCGGCCAUUCCGACUUUGCCCGAGUCAUUUGAAAAUCACAGCGGUUUCGUUGGCAAAACCAAAAAAAGGAAAACCCCGUUCCCAUGUGACGUCAUGAGCGGGAACUAUAGGGCUUAUUAAAGGCGCAUGCCGCAGCUCUUCAAUGGGUCUUGAGACGAAUCGAUUUCUCACCGUCCCGGCGUUCCCAAACGGGGUGGGAGACCGUCAAAAAAAGUUUUUUUUUCAAAUCUCAGCCAAAGACGAUCGAACAAACAAGUUAUUAACGUUGAAUACUCAGUGUAGAAUGACGUCAUUUUAUCCGGAGCGCGCACCUUUUUUUGUAAAUCCAGAAAAUUUGACCCCUCGCUCACCUUCCGUCCCAUAUAGACCUAAUAUUUUUCUGUGAGAGAGCGCCGCAGUGCAUGCACACGACACACGACACUUUACGGAAAACACUGAUUCUGAGCAGAUUUCAAAAAAGAAGGCGGAAAAUAAGGUCGUGUUUUCUUUUGACCGUUCGUUACUCAAUGAAAAGCUCCACAAGGUGCCUUUUUUCACAUCAAAUCCCGUUUUUUUUACUGCCCACAUGCCUUCAAAGCUUUAUAGCUGAUUCACGGCUGGCUUGAGCCAUCGAAAAAAUGGUCCUGACACGAUAAAGCACGAGAUAGCGCCUGACAGGACACGCCCCCUUAGCGUCCCAAGCUGGCCGUGGAUCAGCUAUAACCAACGGUGAAUCGACUAUAAGGAAAAAAAAAGAAAUUUCAGUUGCCGUCAUUCAACUUUGGACUGCGGUGUUCAAUAUUUAUUCGGCUCCUAACUUGGAAUUGAAAAGGGAACAUCAUUCAGUGAUCGACUCAGUCUUAGAAAUUCUCAGUCAAGAAAGUUCCGAAACGAGAAAGUGCAUGGUGGGUGUCUGAAUUCGGAAAAAAUCGGCUUUUUGUUUUGGAAUUUUGAUUUUUGCCGCAGAACUAAGAAGGGAAGACCAAAAACACGGUGGGCGGAGUCAAAACCUUCGCCGUUCCCAUGUGACGUCAUGGGAACGGCAGAGAUUUCGGCUCUAAUAACAGGGCUUAUUAAAGGCGCAGCCCGCCGUUUUGCCAGAGAUCUUUGACACGAAUCGGAUUUUUCUGCACGAAAGCGUCGCUGUUCACGCACACGACACACGAAAUUUCACGCAGGAAAAAUGGGCGUGGUCUGACCAUAACAGGGCUUAUUAAAGGCGCAUGCUGCCGUUUUGCCAGGGGUUUUUGACACGAAUCGAAUUUUUCUGCGCGAAUGCGGCGCAGUGCAUGCACACAAUACAUGACAUUUUACGGAGAAAAAGUGGGCGUGGUCUGACCUAUCUGCGCUCUCUUUUCUCUCACCUCGUGAUAGAAAUCACUUCCUAACCUAACUUAAAGGCGCAUCAUGAAAAUUAGGAAAUUAGUCGUGACAGACAAGAUUUUUAGAGCUUUCCUAGCUGUUAUGACGGUUUUUUGAUACAACUUUGAAAUUUUACAACUUGAUAUACCUCAUUCACCAUUCUGUCUGACCUGUCUGCGCUCUCUUUUCUCUCACCGACCUUUUAGAAAGAAUGGGAAAAAGAGAGAGCACAGAGAUAUUAUGUGCUGUUUUUCUCUGCGCCCUCCUCGUCUCUCGACGACUCUCUCAUGUUGCCAUGUUUCUCUGAACUCCCCGGUGAGAGAGACGCAGACAGGCAGAAAGUGUCAAGACGCGACGAAUGGACUAUAUAAAAAAAUUUUUCCUUGGUUUUGGAUUUUUCAAGUUUUUUUAAUCGAUUAUUUCAAUAUUAGUAUUGAUUAUGAAAUCGAGCCGAAAAAAAUGAAAAAUUAAAAAAAACGUUUCAGUUGGCCCAAGCUCUCAGUAACGUGAAAAUGGAGCAAAUAAUCAAAAACCUUGCCGAUCAGGGAAUUGAAAAAGUCGAAAUGAUCCGGAACUUGCUCGAAAUUCUUCUCGGCCUGGUUGAUGACAAAGAGGUUGGUUUCCUUCCGAAUAAAAUUAAAAAGCCGCGAAAAAUUGACAAAAAGUUCCUCAGAGCGCACUUGGUCUCUCGAAUUUUGUGUUCGCUGGAGCGCAUUUGCAAAUCUUUUUAAGCUUCAUUUUGAAUGAUCCGCCUCAUUUUUCGCGAAAAAAAAAUGUGCAGACGUAGCUCCGCCCCCAACAAAAAAACUAAAAACCUCAUCUAGCCCUCGAAAACUCGAUAUUUUACUUACAAGGGAAGUGUUUUUGGUGGCCGGUUGAACUUUCGUUGAAACUUUGCUGAAAGGUACUAUAAGACCUCCUCUUUCCAGAACACAAAUAAAAUUUCUCGCAAUAAAUCUCGUUUUCGAGUUAUGAAGCUUCAAAGUUUGCACGCCGAAUGAGUGCUGCAAGGCAAGAGGGAAUGAGACUCGCGUACAAUCUCUCUACUCCGGUUGGCAGCGUGGUGUAAUGGCUAGCGUCCUUGCACCGUGGUGUCUAUGACUGGGGUUCGAAACUUUUUGAAAAAUUUCAUUUUUGCCAAAACUUUCCUAGGAGGAAUUUAUCGAAAUUGGGCAAAUCGACCAAAACUUUCUUUCCAAAAUAACAUAGUUUCUCAUUUCACUCGAUUUACCAAGACUUUCGACAAACAUUUUCCUUAGGCCCAUGGGUAGGGACCGCAGACGAAUUUUCAAAAAUUUUUUUUCAGCAUUGAGUUUUGUAUGGUUUGAUAGCUGUUUCGAUUUAAAACUCAGAACCGUUUAGUUUUUCGAAAAAGAUUCAGGAUGAAAAAAGUUAUGACGAAAAAUGUGGCGCGCCGCGCACCAUUUUUUUAGUACUGAAAUUUUGGUAUUAUCCAUUUUGACAUUUUUCUCGAUUUUUCUUCUAGAACAAGUUUUGAUACUGGUCUAUUAUGAUGUAACAAAUCAUAAUAGAGUGCUAAAAUGAUGAAAAUUUGCUAGUUUGCCGAAAAAGUCGGUAUUUUCCAGAAAACAAAAAAACUGACGCUUGUGGGCAUCGAACUCGCGACCUCAAAAUAAAAAAUCGCAGCGCACGCGCUGCGCCAAGCUGUUAGGUCUGGCGAGGGGAGCUUCCACCCCCCUUACCCUUGAGCCGUUUUGGAUAGCACAGAUUGCCUAUUUUAAAAAAAGAAAAGUUUGAAGUAAUUUAGCUAUUUUUUUAUCAGAAUAUGUUCGCAAAUCUUUACCUAAACUUUCCGUGGAAAAUUCACUUUGAAAAAAAGCUGUUUUUUUAGUGCUUUUUUUGCCUCGUUUAACGAUCGCUGCAUUAAAACGGCCCCGUAAAUUUUUUUGGCAAAGACGAAUUUUUUUAUUUUUAUUCUUUUUAAUUGAAAGAUUUUUUUACUAAUAAAUGUAUAUAAUCGUUUGAAAAAAACCUGCGUUCGACCGCUUUCUGUGUGAUAAACGCCGCUAAUUUUUAUUCUCUAGUUUCAAGAGCGUUUUUGCGUAUUAAACAACUUUUUUUCAAACACAGAUGCUGUGGAGAAAUAUUUAAGUAAACCCACGAUCUAAAUUUUUGAAAAAAAUAAAAAAACUCGAUUAUAUUCGCUUAUUAACGAUAUUUUUGAAUUAUGACUUUCGGCACUCCCUAAAAAUGUUUGGCAAAGACGAAUUUUUUUAUUUUAUUGUUUUAAAAAUUACCGUUACUUGAAUCAAAAUCAUUUUAUAAGAAAAGAAAGAGUGCGUUCGACCUGAAAACACAUGAAAAAGCAAAAAAUGACAACAUUUUUUAGUUCCAUUCACGUUUUUGUACGACAUUCCGCGAGAACGCAUCAAAAAAGCGUGAAAUAUUUUUUAAACGAAAGAGGAAGCUUUUUUGUACAUGUGUGUCAAAUUUCAUUAUCCAGCUCCAUAUAUUUUGCAACUACAACAAAAUGAAAGUUGAAAACCAAAAAAAAAGCCCCCUUUUCUAUCGCGAAAAGGGGCGUGGCUUUGCGGUCCCUACCCAUGGGCAUUAUCAAUGGAUCCUUUUCUGUAUUUUUUUUAUGGAAUCUGGAAGAGCCACAUUCCCUCUUGCCUUGCAGCACUCAUUCAGCGUGCAAACUUUGAAGCUUCAUAACUCGAAAACGAGAUCUAUUGCGAGAAAUUUUAUUCGUGUUCUGGAAAGAGGAGGUCUUAUAGUACCUUUCAGCAAAGUUUCAACGAAAGUUCAACCGGCCACCGAAAACACUUCCCUUGUUAGAAAAAUCUUUUUUGGACCUAGAUAUAGAAUUUGGGAAAUCGAUAUUUUGCGUUUUCUCAAUUACCGGUGCUUUUUUUCGUCCCCCCAAAUGUUUUUUCAGAAAAGAAACCCUUAAUUUGAAGCAAAUAUCCGUUUAUUUCUCCCAAAAUACGAGUCUAAUAGAGGUCCGCAAGAUCGCGUCAACGGCUACUGUAAACAGUUGUCCGUACACCAAUCCAAAGCAUUUUUCAAAUUUUAAAGGCGCGAAAAUAAAAUUGCCUUUUUCUUGAAAAGUAGUCAUAUCUGUGAUUUUUUGAGUAGACUGUUCGAUUCGCAAUGAAAAUCUAUAUAAGAUACUGCUUUCACUUGAAACCCCGUUUUUCACUGCCCCUGUGUCUUUAAAGUAAAUUCCAGCUUCCUUAAAAUCCUUUUUUUUUCCCAGGAAACCCUUCGUGGAGAGACGCUACUCUACACGUUUUACGCUUUCGAGACGCCAGGAGUCGUCAAAGCCCUGAAUUCGCUCAAAACGAACCUCUCGAAAAUUUCCGAGCAGCACCAAGAAGAAUCGCUCCCGAAAUCAAAAUCAGAAUUAUUGGCGAUUCUAGAAGAGGCCCAACGUUUUCUUGCCCGAUUCACUGGGAAACUUCAGUCAUUGGGAAAAGCCUUCUGCACCAUUCAUAGUUCGUUUCUUUUAUAAAACGGUCGUUUUUUAUAGACUCCCGGAAAUCCAGAGUUGUCCCUCUAGGGGCUAAGCGGAAAACAGACCCUAUAGGGGUCGAAAAAGUGGUCCCUAUAGGGGUAAAAUCAAGGUGGCCCCUAUAGGGAUUAAGGGCCUGACCCCUCAGCCCCUAAAGCCCAAGUGGACCCUAAAGGGGUCUCUCAAUUUCAGUCAAAAAAUGCUCAUUUAUUCAGUUUUUUCCCCAUGGAAAUGCUUCCUCGCUUAGAAUUCAUAACAGUUAUCGACAACCCCUAUAGGGAUCACUUUUGCAAGCUUUAGUGACCCCUCAAGUGGCUGGUGAAGUGGUCCCUAGAGGGGACCCGUUAUAGCAUGCCGAAGAUAAAAAAUGAUGUAGAUUUUCUGAUCGAAAUUUGGCUUGAAUUUUUGAAAAAAGCUUCGGAGAUUUUUCAUUUCAUUCAUUUCAAGUGUUUAUUCGCCAUGAAUGAAAUGAAAAAUCUUUAAUUUUAAUAAGGAUCCGGAAUAUCCGAACUGAUAACAGCUGGAAGAAGCAGAAAAACCCCUGAAAUAUCGAUUUUUCAACAAAUUUAAAACCAAUGAAAGUGCGCUAAAGCUAGAAAAAUGGAGUCAGAAAGAGCUUUCAGGAAAUCAUUUACAUGCUAGAAGAUCCUUAGGGACCCCAGAGCAGUCCCUAGAGUGGCAACCUCAAGGCUCUCCUCAAGGGAUCCCUUAUUCCUUCAAGAGGGGCGCUGAAUCUUGCAUAAAUGGCCAUUUUUGGGGUUUUAGUUAGUGGCCACUCUAGGGGCAUGCUAGUCGUUUAUUGUUAUGUACUCUAUGAGAAAGAGCAUUCUCAAAUUAUUAGACCCCUAUAGGGGCCACUUCAGCCUUAGGGACUUGAGAAAUUCAAUAGGGACCGCCUAAGUUUCACCUCUCUUUGUACACUGUAGGGGUUUUUUUCCCUAACCCCUCUAGUGACCACUCUGGCGUCCCUGAGUAAGUUGAAGAGAAGACUCUUUGAGAGUUAGAAGUAUCCAGUUUUUCACUUGAUUUCUCCAAGACCUUCUGAAGUGACUAAAUUUGAAAAAUUCCCUUCAGAAAAUCCCGACCACAAGUCUUUGGAUUUCUGGGCGUGCGCCUUGGCACCGAUCCCACUGGUUCUUCAACCGGAACAAUCGGAAAUCCCUAAUUGGCGCCAACUGAAAGACAACUAUCAGAGAACGCCCUGGUACCGUGAUCAGUCUGGGUAAGAAAAAACCAUUUUUUUUUCCUGAAAACGAAUUUGAAAAUUUCAGAACGAUUUCGGAGGCCAAAAUGGGCCAAAAAGAGAAGAAGCGUCUUGAGAAAGCGAUCAAGAAUUUGAACAGGGAACGGUCAGUUGUAGUAUUGCUCAUGUUAUAGGGUUAUUGCUCAUUUUGAAGAAAAAAAACGAAAAGAAAAGCAAUUUUAUGAUCUCAAAAGUCCUUAUGAAAAAUUAUCGUGAUGCUCAGAUUAGCUCAUCUCAGAACACAAUAUGACUGGAAGUUAUCGUAUUGCUCAGCUUAGCUCAUCUAAGCUCAUGAUAAGAUUGGGAAGUUUUCGUAUUGCUCAGAUUAGCUCAUCUCAGAACACAAUAUGACGGGGAAGUUAACGUAUUGCUCAGAUUAGCUCAUCUCAGAACACAAUAUGACUGGGAAGUUAUCGUAUUGCUCACCUUAGCUGAUCUUAGCUCAUUUUCAAGGUCAAUUUUUCUGAUCUGAACUCAUUCUCGAGUUUCUUCUCAAGAUUAAAAUACUUUUAUCUUCUUAAAUUUUCCCCAGAAUCUUCCCAUUGCUGAUAUUAGCCAAACUCCGCCCCUUUUUUAUCGAUUGAUUUGACAAAAACAUUUUCAGAGAAGCAUCCCCACGCGCUCCAGUUUCUCGUAAAUCUGAGUGA